CCCCCUCCCCUCCCCUCCCUUCCUCGCGCCUCUGCCGCCCGCCAGGCCUGCGCGAGCUCUGAAGCUGCAGGCUCGCCAGAGACGCCAUGUACCGGCUCCUGUCAGCCGUGACAAACCGGGCCGUGACCCACGGGAGCUGCGCCUGGGGCUACGGGCGGCGUGCAGCUCACCAGCGCGCCGGGCUGCCGCCGCUCGGCCCUGGCUGGGUCGGAGGCCUCGGGCUGGGUCUCGGGCUGGCGCUUGGGGUGAAGCUGGCCGGCGGGCUGAGGGGUGCGUCCCCCACGCCGCCCACCGCGGCCCCAGACCCUGAGACGCCGCCUCAGGCCGAGCCGCUGCCGCUGCAGGAGCAGCCCCUCGCCCAGUGGUCUCCGCAGACCCCGACGCCGCCGCACUCCAGGCGCUUUGCCAGAGCCAUCGACCGCAGCCGCGACCUCCUGCACAGAAUCAAGGAUGAGGUGGGCGCACCGGGCAUUGUGGUUGGAGUGUCUGUAGAUGGAAAAGAAGUCUGGUCAGAAGGUUUAGGUUAUGCUGAUGUUGAGAACCGUGUACCAUGCAAGCCAGAGACAGUUAUGAGAAUUGCUAGUAUCAGCAAAAGCCUCACCAUGGUUGCUAUUGCCAAAUUGUGGGAAGCAGGGAAACUGGAUCUUGAUAUUCCAGUACAACAUUAUGUUCCUGAAUUCCCAGAAAAAGAAUAUGAAGGUGAAAAGGUUUCUGUCACAACAAGAUUAUUGAUUUCCCACUUAAGUGGAAUUCGUCAUUAUGAAAAGGACAUGAAAAAGGUGAAAGAAGAGAAAGCUUAUAAAGCCUUGAAGAUGAUGAAAGGGACGAUGGAAUCUGACCAAGAAAAAGAGUUAAAAGUAAAAGGAGACAAAAGUAAUGAAAAGAAUGACUUUGCUAAAGCUAAGAUAGAGCAAGAUAAUGAAGCCAAAGGCCGAAAUUCAAAACCUUGCAAGAAAAAGAAUGAUUUUGAACAAGGCGAAUUAUAUUUGAAAGAAAAAUUUGAAAAUUCAAUUGAAUCCCUAAGAUUAUUUAAAAAUGACCCUUUGUUCUUUAAACCUGUCAGUUUUUGUAUUCAACUUUUGGCUAUACCCUAUUGGCAGCCAUAGUAGAAAGAGCUUCAGGAUAUAAAUAUUUGGACUAUAUGCAGAAAAUAUUCCAUGACUUGGAUAUGCUGACAACUGUGCAGGAAGAAAAUGAGCCAGUGAUUUACAAUAGAGCAAGGUAAAUGAAUACCUUCUGGUGUGUCUGGUGUUCAUCUUUACACUGUUAUCAAUUUAAAGUCACAUUUUGCUUGUCUCCAUUCCAGAAUCAACUUGCCACAUUUUGGGAGCUUUUCUACAUGUCUGUUUUUCCACCUAUAAUGUAAGGAAAAUAAAAUAUAUUUUAUUUUUCAAAUACACAUAUAUUUGAAGUACCCCAAGAUCCUUAGGUGAAAGAUAGCAAUAAUAAUUUAAGCACAUGAAUAAUUAAACUAAAAUUGCACCCAUCACGGGCAUCUGUAAUUUGCUCUUCCAUCAUCCCUUUUUUUAUGUUUUCGUUCAUGCUUUAUUUACCUUUUUUUAAUUUUUUUUUUUAAUUUUGAAAUUGUCUCAUACUUGUAGAAAAGUUACACAAAGUAGUACAAAGAAUUUUCAUAUACGCUUCAACCAGAUUCCCCACAUGUUAAUCAUUUUACCACAUUGCUUUAUCUGUCAGUCUCUAUGUUAUUUUUUUCUCAGCCGUUUGGAAAUGAGUUGCAGACAUGGUGCCCCGUAUACUUAAAUGGUAACCAUAAAUACUUGAGUGUGUAUUUUCUAAAGAUAAGAACAUCCAGGAAAUUAAUAUCAACACAAGGUUCAUAUCAAGUCUACAGACAUUAUUCAAAUUUUGCCAGUUGUCCCAAUAAUGUCCUUUAUAACAAAAGGAAAAAAAACUUGUUUUUCUGGUGCAGAGUCUAAUAUAAGCACACACAUUGCAUUUAGUCGUCAAGUCUCUCAGAAGUCACAUGAGUUCAAUUUGUUCCAUUACUGGUGAUGGUAAUUUUAAUCACUUUGUUGAGGUGGUAUAUACCAGGUUUCUCCACUGUAAAAGUUUGAAAAUCAUUUUAUUGAAAUAUAUCAAACUAAAAUUUUAUCAUAAUUUUUACAAGUAAUUUGUAAAAGAGGCAUUGGAAGAGAAUUUGGGGACUAAAGACUAACAUGAGUUUUACUGUUAUGGUGUUUUCUUUUUCAUUUUACUCUUAUUAUUAUUUGGUUUGUUAGAAAGGUAACAGCACAUUUAAGUAACUGUGUUUAAAUCAGCUGUUACUUUUACUUUUUACGGUUCCAUUAGGGAACAUGCUUUACAAAUGGCUAAAUGGUACUUGACUAGAUGAAAUGGUAGAUUUUGUAGCUUCAUCCUCCUAUCCCCAUACUAGUUUUGUUCAAUUUUCUGUUGUAUUUCGUUAAGUUACCAUUUUUAAAUUACCAGCUUAUUCAAAAGGAUCAAAUAUGCAUUGCAAAUCAGCCUGAAAGAAGUUUUUUUGAACCUAAAAGAAAUUAGGUUAGCAGCAAGCAAUGAAUUUUAAUUUUUAAAUGGCCUGUAGUUUUUUUAUUUUGGGUGGUUUUUUAAAAAUAUUUAUUUAUUUGGUUGAGCUGGGUCUUAGUUGUGGCAGGCAGGCUCCUUAGUUGCAGCUUACGGGCUCCUUACUUGUGGCUCACAGGCUCCUUAGUGUGGAAUGCGAACUCUUAGUUGCAUCGUGCAUGUGGGAUCUAGUUCCCUGACCAGGGAUCGAACCCAAGCCCCCUGCAUUGGCAGCAUUGGAGUCUUAACCACUGCUCCACCAGGGAAGUCCCUGUAGUUUUUUUCUUUUUUAUUCUCUAUUUUUUUUUUAAUUGAAGUGUAGUUGAUUUACAGUGUUGUGCUAAUUUCUGCUGUAUAGCAAAGAGACUCAGUUAUACACAUAUAUACAUUCCUUUUUUAUAUUCUUUUCCAUUAUGUUUUAUCCCAGGAGAUUAUGGAUACAGUCCCCUGUGCUAUACAGUAGGACCUUGUUGUUUAUCCAUUCUAAAUGUAAUAGUUUGCAUCAACUAACCCCAAACUCCCAGUCCAUCCUUCUCCCUUCCUCACCACCCUUGGCAACCACAAGUCUGUUCUCUAUGUCUGUGAGUCUGUUUCUGUUUUGUAGAUAGGUUCAUUUGUGCCAUAUUUUAGAUUCCACAUAUAAGUGAUAUCAUAUGGUAUUUUUCUCUUUCUGACUUAACUUAGUAUGAUAAUCUCUAGUUGCAUCCAUGUUGCUGCAAAUGGCAUUAUUUCAUUCUUUUUUUAUGGCUGAGUAGUAUUUCAUUGUAUAUAUGUACCACAUCUUCUUUAUUCAUCUGUUGAUGGACAUUUAGAUUGUUUCCGUAUCUUGGCUAUUGUGAAUAGUGCUGCUAUGAACAUAGGGGUGCUUGUAUCUUUUUGAAUUACAGUUUUAUCCAGGUAUAUGCCCAGGAGUGGGAUUGCUGGGUCAUAUGCUAACUCUUAUUUUUAGUUUUUUGAGGAACCUCCAUACUGUUUUCCAUAGUCGCUGCACCAACUUACAUUCCCAAGCAACAGUGUAGGAGGGUUCCCUAUUCUCCACACCCUCUCCAGCAUUUGUUAUUUGUAGACUUUGUAAUGAUGGAAACGGCCUGUAGUUUUCAACCACUUCAGACAGUGUUUAUUAUUUUUAGGUCCAACAUUAUAUUCUACUGGAAAGCAUAAGAAAAAAUGACAAAUACCUGAAGUUGUCAGUUGAAUCUAGAAAAGAUUCUCUAAUAAAGAUGGCAUAGACGCAUGACCUUAUUUUGAUUCAAAUCUAGGCAUUUGAUAACAGAUGCCUACACUUACAUAUAAGGGAGAAUCAUUGAGCCUCUUUUCUCAGCUGAAAAUUAAGGCUCCAUGAAUGUGCAGACUGCAAGGCAGCUAUCAUUUACUGUUUUCUUAAUGAGUGAUUAAUUUAUGAUGCACAGAAAUCAAAAUAUGGCAUAUGAUUGAGUUAAUUUCAUUUUAUCUCCCAUUCUUUGAAAAAGGCAGUGGGUUUCUGUUUCUAUUGUUAAAGGUUGCUGUCAACUCUGGGUUUUUUCUUUAGGUUUUAGUUGUGCCCAGUGGUGCUAAAGGGGUAAGUGAUUCAUUUCAGGUAGAUUAAAUAGGCUGCAGAAAUAAAAUAGGACACUAAAAGAAGAAGGAAAUAUGUUAGCAAGGAAAAUGUUCUGUCCAUUUGCUUUGUUUUUAUUUUACUUGAUACAGUAUCUGUUUGGGCCUCUAAAGUUCAACUCUGAUUCUUUUUUUAUUUUUGUAGUAAUUAUUUCAAAAGAGCUUAUUAAUUAUUUCACCAGCUUUGGGGAGAAGUUCAGGGAGUAAAAGAAAUCUUCUCAAAGAUGUGUGUUUAAAAAAAAAAAACCUUAAAGUAAAAUUUAGUAAAUGCAUAUGUUUCCGUUCAUUUGUUUUAUGGUACCGUUGUACAAGAAAUAAAAUUUCCAGCAAAAGUCUGCAGCUUUGUUAUCUAGUCUACUGACCCCUUGGUAUAAUCAUAAAUUAAAUAUGUUUACAUUAUCUUGACCUAGACUUCUUAGAGUUACUAUAUCCCAAGAGUAAAUAUUUAUCAUCUUUAUCAUUUCUCUGUAUGUAUGUGUGUGUGUUUAAAAUAGUGCCUCCCAGUGCCUGUCACCUGUUUAAGGUAUUCCCCCAGAAUCCCACUCCAAAAUACUACUUACAUUUCUUCGGCCAGAAUUUUAGCAACAGGGCACAUUCAGCUGUAAGGAAUGCAGAGAAAUUAGUUUUUAGCUGGGUGCACUGUUGUCCUGAAUAAAACUGGGGUUUCUUAAAUGGAAGACUGGGAACAUUGAUUCUGUAUAUGUAAAUAGAUAUUGAUUCUGUAUUUCAAGUAUAGUCUGUAUAGGCAAGUAAACUAAAUAACUCUUUAAGCAAACACCAUAGGGGAAUGGAGUGAAUGUUCUUGCCACUGAAAGACACUCAGUUUGUUGAUGGGGGAAUCCUUAGUCAAUGCAUUAGCUUAUUAUUAGACUCUGUUCAUAUUUUCUCUGUGUUUGGCACAAUACUUGCAACACAAAUCUCUUUCAUAGUUGGAUAGGACCAAAAUCAAAUAAAAUGAAUGUUUUCUGAAGGGUUUGCUGUAUUUUGACAAUAUAGAUAUGGUCUUACCUUUUCUUAUUAUCUUAAUUAUUAUUUAUUAUCUUUAUUUUCUAGAGUAUCUUCUAAAAUUAAGCAUUUUUCCUUAUGAAGCUGUUUUCUAUGCUUUAGCUGAUGGACUCUAGUAGUAGGUUCAGUCCAUGUUAAUGCUAAAUGUUAGAGUGGGAUUGGAUGUUUAUAAUAUGUAUUUUAAAUUCUGUGGUUCUUUAAACUUCUCAUAGCAAUAAAAUACAAAGUGAUGCAUAAUUGUUUGUAAAGGCAUUUAAGAAGCUUUUAAAAAUUUAUUUUGAAUUUAUGAGUUUGUAGAUGUAUAUUUCUGUGAUAAUAUAAUCUUGUGUAGAAACUAGGGAUUCUUAAAUAAGUGGGGAGAGGCUGUUUGUCAUCUGGCAUCAUUCUAUCAAUUAUUCAGUUACAAAGAUGUCCCAGUAACUUAAGAACUUGUGUCUAUAAUUCCAUUCUUUUUAGUGCAGAAAUUCCUUAAGAAUUUGAAAUAAUAAAGUUAUCAUUCAGCUGAACAGAUUUAUUUUCAUGAAAAGUCAUUAAUUUGUCCUCUGUGAAGAGGAAUCAAAAGAUUAAAGGCUGAAUUUACCUUUUUAAAGUUUAGAAUUCUAGAUUAAAGUCUAAAAUUCUCCAUAAAUUUAUAUUUUAAAAGAGGAGUGACUGAGUCAUCCUAAUUUCCAACCUUGAUGUAGGUGCUUUGAAAUGCUUUAUUAAAAGUUGCACAAAGCUGAUUAUUAACCAAAAUAGAUUGGUAGUUCUCUCCUACUUUAAAAACUUGGAGUUCACUUUAAUAAAUAUAUUUCUCAGUGAGAAAACAUUUUUGUUAUUCUGUUAUGUGACUUCUUUGAGAUUUGAUUGGCGGAAAAUAAAAGUGUAAUCAGAGUUGGGGCAGAAAGUAAUGGGAACCUAAAAUACAGGAGUGGCCAUAGGAAUGGAAGGAGGGAGAAUGGUCAGACAGAAAGCUGAGGUUGAAUGAGGAUUUAUCAUUAUUGGUUAUGAGAGAUUUGAGGGCAAGAGAGGCAAGAAAGGUUUUAAUGGAGAGGAGAAAUAUACGAAGGUUCAGAAGAGAGUAGUUUUGGACAUGUUCAUUUUGAGAACUGAGGAGACCACGUAUCAAAUCAUUGGUUCUCAGGAGAGCAUAUUAAGAUCCUCUGUAGACUUUUUUCUCUUUUAACCUUCAGAGCACAUACCUGUGGUCACUCCUGCUUCACCCAAUAUUAUGACUUGGACUUUUGGGGGACAUAUAAGAAUCUUGACAGAAGAAAGAGAAGUCCUUUUUCAAAUUAUAUAUGCCCACUGUCCCUUCAAAGUUACGAAUUUUGAAGGGAGGGAUGAGGCCCGAUGCUGAUUCUGAUAAACAACAUUGAGAAAAAAAGAAAUCUGAGAAUUAUUAAUGCUAGUAGAAAAUCCGAUGGUAAAUUUGGAACAGAGUUUGUGGUACAGCUGCAGUUUUGUAGUUAUCUCUGUAGAAGAGAAGACCUCGGACACUGGAACCACUGGUGAUUGGAGGGAUACGGGGAAUCAUAGGAUUGAGAGUGAGAAGAGAAAACACAGAGCAAAGUGGCCUGCGGGGAGUGUCAGCGAAGUGCUGGGUCACAGUGCUACAGGGGGAGUUAGGAUGAGGACCAUAAAAAGGGAAUUAGAAGAUCUUGAUACCCCGCAAGAGAGCUGAUUAGUAGAGAUGGGGGAACAGAAGCCAGAUUUUACGGAAUUGAAUGAAUGGAGAGGGUGAGUGCAUGGAAACGGCAGGUGCGGACUGUCUCAUGUAGUUUGGCAAUAAAUGAGAGUGAAAGGACUGGUAGCUGGAAGCUGUAACAGGGGUAAAACAAAAAAGAAAAGGUUUUUUUUUCCCUUAGGAUAUAGAAAACUAGAGCAUUUUGUGAACUAAGGUGAAGGAGUCAAAAUUCCUAGCAUGGCGCAGAAAGUCCUUUGUGAGCUGUGCCCUGUCCCAUAUCUGCUCCUCCGGCAUCACCUUUUAAAGCUCUCUGCUUCAGUCAAACUGAACUAUUUUGCUCCCCAGCAAAGUGAGGAACCAUUUCAACAGGCUAGCUCUCACUAGUGCUCAGGAUUCCUCACAUCCAUCUUGCUAGUCAUCCCACAACCUGUUACUCAAAGUGAUAUUGGAAUCACGUGGAAGCUUGUUAGAACUGCAGAAUUUGGGGCCCUCCCCAGAUGUACUGAAGCAGAAUCUGCAUUGUAACAAAAUCUCCAGGUGAUUCAUACAGUGCUCUGAAAUUUAAGGACUGUCCCACAAGAUUAUUGGACAGUUAGCCCUUUGAGAGCAGCCACGGGUGUAUGGUUUUUCUUUUCUCUCCAGUUCCUUGCAAGGGGUCUCCAUUAAAUACUAGCCAACAAAUGAUGCUUUCAUGUGUUUAACAUAUUUACCAAGUACUUAGUGGAUGGCCAGUACUGUUCUAGGUAGGGGAAGCAUCAAUGAACCAGGUAGAUAAGAUUCCUGCCUUUAUGAAACUUACAUUCUAUGGGAAGAGACAGACAAAUAUGUAAACUAAGAAUCUCAGAUAUGAGAAGAAAAUAGAACAGGGUGAUGGGAUAUAGAGGGAGAGGAUGUUAGUGGGGAGAUCUAUUUAAAAUAUAUUGGUUUUAGGCCAUGUUUGUUGAGUUGAAACACGAAUAAUAAGGAAAGCUAGUGUGCCUUAUUGAAAAUACAGAAAGAAGUCUGGCAUGAAAAAAGUAAGGCAAGAUGAUGUACGUGAUGAGGUCAAAUAGGUAAGCAAGGGCUAGAUUAUACUGAACAAUGAGUAUCAGUGCCUUUAGAACCACUGCCCCUUAAUUUAACAAAUAUGUAAUAACACCUCCUUUAAUAUCUGAAUUGAAAGAGAUCAUGUAACCUACACUCAAUACUCUAAAAUAUAAAGAAGAAAUAAAAGGAAUAUUUUUAAUUUAUAAUAAUAUCUCAAUAUGAUAAUGUUUACUCACAACAACACGAGAAGACAUAAUAAAGUCAACUGCAACUUAAUACAUAAAAUUACUUUAAAUGUGACAACAAAAUGCAGACCAAUACAGGUUUAUUGCAUUGGUGCUUCAACUCAUGUCCUUGGUGGCUAACUCUGGCUGAAGUUUUGAGCAAAAUAGAGUGUGAUCUUCAAUAGUGGUUACAUUCAAGAAAAAUACAUUGUAGAGUACAAAGUACUUCGUAUUUACAUAUAAAAUGGAGAGGGUUCUAGGCUCAGCUAGUUAUAAACAGAUUCUUUACUUACAUGGGUAUCUCGUAGGAUAGUUGAUCUCACAGGAUAUAGGAUAAUGCACCACUGUGUGGGACUUUCCCAUACACCACAGGACAUUAGGACCCUUGGGCCCCUAUCCACUAAAUGUCAGUAAGAGCCCUCUAAUAAUUGUGACAACUAAAAAAAUGCCUCUUAAAAACAAUAGGAAAAUUUUUAAAGAUUGGAUGAUGAUGUAAAUGCAUUUUAAGAUAAAGAUGGGAGUUUCUAGCUCACUUUGGAUGGCCUCAGUCUUCUCAGUAAAAUGACUGGGCCUGAGAGAGGGUAGAGGACUGAGGGUGGAAGAGAUUGGGAAUACCUAUUAUGAAGAGUAUACCAAGGAGUACCCAGGAAAAGAAUAAAAGGAUUUGAGAACAGCAGUGAAGACCCUUAGCAAGAGUAUGAAUUUAUACCAGUCAGCUUUAUUAUAUGAAUUCCUGGAGCCUUUCUUGAUAGAUAAGGGGUACCUAGAUUUAUUUAGGAUUGAUGGAUUGGUGUAGUGUUAGUUCAAAAGAGUGCUAAUGAGACCACAGCUGAUAUAGUUCAGCCUAGAAGAGAAAAUCAGGGGAAACCACUGGGAACUAAAACACCUGGGAAAAUUGGGAUGACCCAAGGGGGAUGGAUGAAGGUCCCACUGAGGGCAGAAAGCAGGUUCAUUUGGAGAGUUGGAAGGGUUGGAAGUCAUAGUCCUAGGAAGAAAUGUCUGAGUUUGAGACCUUAGUGAUAAAACAGUUUAAAGUGAUGGUGAGAUUCAGGUCUGACAGUGCUUUAUGAAUAACGAAGUUAGGAUGAAGAUGAAGGUCAUUACGGGUGAGACUGUCAGCAAACUGAAAACCUAAGAACACCAUUUUUUAAAAAUAAAUUUAUUUAUUUUAUUAUUUAUUUUUGGUUGCAUUGGGUCUUCAUUGCUACACGCGGCUUUCUCUAGUUGUGGCGAGCAAGGGCUACUCGUCGUUGCGGUGCGUGGGCUUCUCAUUGCAGUGUCUUC